ACAGGGCCAGGAAGUCGUCCCGGGUCUCGCGAUAUCUGUAGCUGAACGUACGAGACCUCUCUCUUUUCCCCCAAGGCUUCUGACAAGAUGGCGGACGUCGAACAGAAGAAGAAGAGGACCUUCAGGAAGUUCACAUACAGAGGAGUGGAUUUGGACCAGCUGCUCGAUAUGUCCUAUGAGCAGAUUAUGCAGCUGUACUGUGCUCGCCAACGCCGGCGUCUAAACAGAGGCUUGCGCCGCAAACAGAACUCCCUUUUGAAACGUCUGCGCAAAGCCAAGAAGGAAGCACCUCCUAUGGAGAAGCCAGAGGUUAUUAAGACCCAUCUGAGAGACAUGAUCAUCUUGCCAGAAAUGGUUGGCAGCAUGGUGGGAGUGUACAAUGGCAAAGCCUUCAACCAGGUUGAAAUUAAGCCUGAGAUGAUUGGUCAUUACUUGGGUGAAUUCUCCAUCACAUACAAGCCUGUGAAACACGGCAGACCUGGUAUUGGUGCCACUCACUCCUCUCGUUUCAUUCCUCUGAAGUAACCUUUUAAAGCUGUAAAUAAAAGGUUUUUUCCAUCUCUGC